CUAAACAGGACAGUGUCCAAACACACAGAAAAACUCCUGGUGAAGCGACUGAGAUCCAUGUGACGCAGUAUUAUAAAGAUGGCGUUUAAAGAAAGGAGUGAAGACAUGAAGAUUGAAGAAACAUUCAGAGUGAAACGUGAAGAUACUGAGACACAAACUGAGAUGGUGUUUAUUAAAGAGGAGAGUGAAGACAUGAAGAUUGGAGAAACAUUCAGAGUGAAACGUGAAGAUACUGAGACACAAACUGAGAUGGUGUUUAUUAAAGAGGAGAGUGAAGACAUGAAGAUUGGAGAAACAUUCAGAGUGAAACAUGAAGAUACUGAGACACAAACAAAGAUGGUGUUUUUUAAAAAGGAGAGUGAAGACAUGAAGAGUGGAGAAACAUUCAGUGUGAAACAUGAAGACACUGAGGAACACACAGAUCUGAUGGCACUGAAAGUGGAGAGUCAAGAACUAAAUGAAAUGGAAGAGAAAGAUCAGUAUGGGGAACAUCAUGAUUUCAUAACUGGAGAAAAAUGGAGCACUGGAGCAAAGCCAUAUAAAUGUAAUCAGUGUGGAAAGAGUUUCACGCAAAAAGGAAACCUUAACAAGCACAUAAGAAUUCACUCUGGAGAAAAGCCUUUCACCUGCCAACAAUGUGGAAAGUGUUUCACUGAUAAAGGAAUCCUUAAAAUACACAUGAGAAUUCACACUGGAGAGAAGCCUUUUACCUGCCAACAGUGUGGAAAGAGUUUCACUCAAGAAGUAGUCCUUAACAGGCAUGUUAGAAUUCACACUGGUGAGAAGCCUUUUACUUGUAAAUUGUGUGGAAAGAGCUUCACUGAAAAAGGACACCUUAAAGUCCACAUAAGAGUUCACACUGGAGAGAAACCUUUCACCUGCCAACAGUGUGGAAAGAGUUUUAUCAAAAAAGCAAACCUUGAGGAUCACAUGAGGAGAAUGCACAAUGGAGAGACGCCUUUAACCUGCAAAUUGUGUGGAAAGAGUUUCAUUCAAAAAGGACAUCUUACAGGCCACAUGAGAAUUCACUCUGAACAGAAGACUUUCACCUGCCAACAGUGUGGAAAGUGUUUCACUCAAAAAGGAAGACUUGAGAAUCACAUGAGAAUUCACACUGGAGAGAAGGCGUUCACCUGCCAACAGUGUGGAAAGAGUUUCAUUCAAAAAGGACAUCUUAAAGGUCACAUGAGAAUUCACACUGGGGAGAAGCCUUUUACCUGCACAUUGUGUGGAAAGAGCCACACUGAUAAAGGAAACCUUAAAAAACACAUGAGAAUUCACACUGGAGAGAAGGCAUUCAUUUGCCAACAGUGUGGAAAGAGUUUUGCUCAAAAAGGAAACCUUAAAAGGCACAUGUCAAUUCACAAUGGAGAGAAGCUUACACCUACCUAAAGUGUGGAAAGAGUUUCACAACAGAAAUAAACCUUGGAUAUCACAUGAAUA